CUUGAUAUAGAAAGUAAGAGGGCGCUGAAUGUUUUCCGUAUUGUACAGCUUCAUUUCCGGAAAGAAAUAUAGUGGAGGAUGAACAAUGUCUUUUAAGAAUAAAAGCACAUUUUCCACCCUUCCUCGCACCCAGCGAGGAAUGCCUCUUGUUCUUGGAGGUGACCCGAAAGGCAAAAAUUUUUUGUAUACAAAUGGAAAUAGUGUCAUAAUCAGAAAUAUUGAGAACCCUGCCAUCUCGGACAUCUAUACAGAACAUUCUAUACAAACUACAGUAGCAAAAUAUUCUCCAAGUGGUUUUUACAUAUGUUCAGCAGAUCAAUCUGGAAAAGUUCGAAUAUGGGAUACAACACAAAAGGAACAUUUACUUAAGAAUGAAUUUCAGCCUUUUAUUGGAACAAUCAAAGAUUUGUCAUGGUCACCUGAUAAUCAACGUAUUGUUGUUGUAGGAGAAGGAAGAGAGAGAUUUGGGCAUGUUUUUAUGGCUGAUACAGGAACUUCAGUGGGAGAAAUUGCUGGACAUAGUAAUUUGAUCAAUUCUUGUGAUUUCCGUCCAACUCGCCCUUUUCGCAUAAUAACUGGUAGUGAAGAUAAUUCUGUAGGCGUUUAUGAGGGUCCACCUUUUAAAUUCAAACUAACAUUGAAUGAUCACACUCGAUUUGUACAGUCAGUAAGAUUUUCACCAAAUGGUGAGCUUUUUGCUAGUGGUGGUUUUGAUGGAAAGAUGUUUUUGUAUAAGGGAAAUGAUUAUAGUAAAGUUGGAGAAUUUGACAAUCCUGCUCAUAAAGGCGGUAUAUAUGCUGUUUCAUGGAGUCCUGAUGGCAAACAAUUACUCACAGCAUCUGGUGAUAAAACAUGUAAAUUAUGGGAUGUAUCAACAUUAUCUGUUAUAAAUGAAUUUCCAAUGGGUUCAGAUGUACUAGAUCAACAAGUAAGUUGUUUAUGGCAAGGUCAAUACCUAUUGUCAGUUUCACUCUCUGGUUUCAUAAAUUAUUUGGACCCAAAUAAUCCUACUAAACCUCUGCGAGUUGUUACGGGUCAUAAUAAAUCAAUCACUGCUUUGGGUGUAACGCCUGAUAAAUCAACUUUGUAUACAGGAAGUCAUGAUGGAUUUAUUACAUUUUGGGAUCCUGCUUCAGGUGAAAAUAGCAGAGUUCAAGGAGUUAGUCAUAGCAAUCAAGUACAAGAUAUGGCUACAACAUCAAAUACAAUGUUUACUUGUGGUUUAGAUGAUACUGUUCGUUCUGUAAAUCUUAUUACUCAUCAAUUUACAACACUUGAUUUGAAGAUGGAAUCACAACCAAAAGGUAUAACUGUAAUUGAUGAUACCAUCUUAGUAGCUGGAAUUAAUGAUGUAUCAAUAAUUAACAAUGGACAAGUUAUGUCCUCAUUACCUGUUGAUUUUGAGCCAAGUUCUAUUAGCAUACAUCCGAAAGAACCUGAUGUUGCUAUUGGAGGAUCAAAAGAUAGUACAGUUCAUAUAUAUCUUCUUAAUGGUUAUACAUUAAGUCAUAAGACAUCAAUGCAACAUAUGGGUGGAGUUACUGAUGUUGCAUAUUCUCCUGAUGGAAAUUAUCUUGCUGCUUGUGAUGCAAAUCGUAAGGUUGUCCUUUACAGUUCACUCACUUAUGAGCCUGCCCAUAGCUUAGAUUGGUGUUUUCACACUGCAAGGGUAAACUGUGUUGCAUGGUCUCCUGAUUCACUACAUCUUGCUACUGGUAGUUUGGAUACGAAUAUUAUAAUAUGGAGUACUGAACAACCAGCUAAGCAUAUCAAUAUUAAAAAAGCCCAUCCUCAAAGCCAAAUAACACGAAUAUGUUGGUUGGAUAAUAAUACUAUUGUCUCAACUGGACAAGACUGUAAUAUUAAAAUAUGGGAAAUAUCAUACACUUAAUCUGUGUAUGACCCAUUCCUUGCCAUUGCUGCAAUGCAAUAAUUCCACAGAAGGCUAAAUGGAUUUUGACAAGUAAUCUUGCUCUUCCAUUGUUAGGUGAUGGACUGAGGCUAGAAUUAGAAUUAUUUUGCUUUUGAGACAAAAAGAAGAAAUGGGUUGACAGUGCAUUGAUGAAAAUUAUGGUGGCUGUUCCAAAUCAUUGAAGUUAAAUUACACUGUUUAUCAUUGUUUUCACAAAUGUUUCGAGUUAAGUAUAAGUGGCGUCGUAACUUAUUGUUCUGAUACCUGCUUUACUACUAAGUAUUGUUUUGAAUAAUGAGCAAAUGAGAACUGUUUGAAAUUUGGUAAAUGCUUUGGGUUCAAAGCAACUUAUAUGCCAAAGAGAUAGGUCAAAUAAAUAAAUAAAAAAAAUGUAAGAUAAACAUCCUAAAAAAUGUGACAUUUAUUUCAGAUAAAUUAUUUGAAUAAUAGAAAUUUGAUAUGUAUUCUGUGAUUUUCAUCAAAUUAUUAAUACAGAAAUACUCUACAUUUUUUUAUACAUAUAAAAUCUGUCAUUUUUAUAUGCAAUAUGUUAAAAUUGUACAGCUCAUUGGGUAUUAAUAUUAUUAUUGAAUUUCAAAUGAAUACAAUUUUUUUACUAUUCAAAAGAAAAAAGAUAAAACAUUUUAAACCAUUUACAGAACACAUUCAACAAGAAUAUGAAUAGAAGUUAUGUAAUGUAAUUUUUAAUUGUGGAGGGAAAUUUUAUAGUGAUAUAUUUUGACACUUUGAAAGAAAAUUUGUAUACAUUUAUGAUCAGGGAGAUGAGCUUCAAUUCCACGCUUUUUUCUAAUUUUUUUAUAUAUUUAAAUGAAUUAUGACAAUCUAUCAAUAAUUGGAAUGUUUGAAUUAAUAUUGACUGACCUAUUUAUAUUAAUUGUGUAACAUGGCGUCUUGUGGUGAUGAGCAGUUUUGCAGCAUAACAUUCACUUGAUUUGCUGCCCUGAAAUUUUGUCACAUGUAGUAAUGCUUUUGUGCAUUUUGGAAAAUUUGAUACAAAUAAAAGUUUGUCACAAGCGAAA